AUGUGUGUUACCUUUACACAGGCUGGUGACCUUCCUGUUCAUCGUGCUGCCCUCAAUGGACGUCUGGAAGUCAUCAAGUACCUACUAGAUUUCGAACCAGACACGAUCUCUGUAAAGAACAACGACGGUGACCUUCCUGUUCAUCGUGCUGCCUUCAAUGGACGUCUGGAAGUCAUCAAGUACCUACUAGAUCUCCAACCAGACACGAUCUCUGUAAAGAACAACAACGGUGACCUUCCUGUUCAUUACGCUGCUUGGAAAGGACAUCUGGACGUGGUCAAGUAUCUAGUAGAUCUCCAACCCGACACGGUCUCCGUAAAGAACAAAUACGGUUACCUUCCUGUUCAUCACGCUUCUCGGGGUGGACGUCUGGAAGUCAUCAAGUACCUACUAGAUCUCCAACCAGACAAGAUCUCUGUAAAGACCAACGACGGUUCCCUUCCUGUUCAUCGCGCUGCUGACAACAGACAUCUGGACGUGGUCAAGUAUCUAGUAGAUCUCCAACCCGACACGGUCUCCGUAAAGGGCAAAAACGGUGACCUUCCUGUUCAUCGUGCUGCCUACAAAGGACGUCUGGAAGUCAUCAAGUACCUACUAGAUCUCCAACCAGACACAAUCUCUGUAAAGAACAACUCCGGUUCCCUUCCUGUUCAUCGCGCUGCUAACAACGGCCAUCUGGACGUGGUCAAGUACCUAGUAGAUCUCCAACCCGACACGGUCUCCAUAAAGAACAAAGACGGUGACCUUCCUGUUCAUUGUGCUGCCAUCAAUGGACGUCUGGAAGUCAUCAAGUACCUACUAGAUCUCCAACCAGACACGAUCUCUGUAAAGAACAACGACGGUGAGCUUCCUGUUCAUCGCGCAGCUUUGAACGGACAUCUGGACGUGGUCAAGUAUCUAGUAGAUCUCCAACCCGACACGGUCUCCGUAAAGAACAAAUACGGUUCCCUUCCUGUUCAUCACGCUGCUCACAACGGACAUCUGGACGUGGUCAAGUAUCUAGUAGAUCUCCAACCCGACACGGUCUCCGUAAAGGACAAAGACGGUGACCUUCCUGUUCAUGGUGCUGCCUUCAAUGGACGUCUGGAAUUCAUCAAGUACCUACUUGAUCUCCAACCAGACACGAUCUCUGUAAAGAACAACGACGGUGAGCUUCCUGUUCAUCGCGCUGCUUUGAACGGACAUCUGGACGUGGUCAAGUAUCUAGUAAAUCUCCAACCCGACACGGUCUCCGUAAAGAACAAAAACGGUGACCUUCCUGUUCAUUACGCUUCUCGGGGUGGACGUCUGGAAGUCGUCAAGUAUCUACUAGAUCUCCAACCCUACACAGUUUCCGUGAAGGGAAUUGAUGGGAGAACUCCUCUUGGUCAAGCAGUGUACGGGAAGAAAGUAGAUUGUGUACCCUACUUGCUGGAAGUCACCUGGACCAAGCUAGCAUAUGAUGAGGCAAAGGAGAUUGUGGAGGAAGCCAGAAAGAUAGCUCAAACCUACGGAAAAACGCAAGCAUUGGACUUGAUUAAGACCAGCUUGAUCUAUGCAGAGUUUGGUAUUGAGGGUUACACUGAUCCUACUGAACUGAUUGCCAACGUGUGUGGAGUAGAAGGUUCAGGAAAAUCUACCUUCAUUGCAUCCUUCACAGCAGAAGGUUUCUUCAAUAGACUACUACGUCAGGAGAAUCAACCGGACUUGAAGGCAAAAGAUUUAGCAUCCCGAACAAAGGGAAUUGAAGAAACCAUUUACAACCAAUCGCAGGUGAAGGUGCAUUUUCGCGACUUUGCUGGCCAAGAGCAUUACACCGAGUCGCAUGACAUAUUCACGGUUGCCAUGACAGCACCAUCUGUUGCCGCAAUAGUGGUGGACGGCACAGCGUGUGUUGAUAAGAUCACACAGACUGUCAGCGCAACCGCAGCCAAUAUUGUUUGUCGCCUGUCUGCACCUGAUGAUGGCUCUCUACAGACUGAGCAACAAGACCAGCAGCACCACCAGCAGCAGACGCAGCCGCAGCAGCAACAACACCAGGAAGAACUGCAACAGGCGCAGAGAAUUGAUGUCAUUGCGAUUGCCACGCGAGCUGAUAAGCUAACACCUGAAGAGUGCACUGAAGUGGAGAAGGCCAUAAGGAGGGGAAUGAAAUCAUUCUCUCAGCACUUGGAUCUCUGCUUUGUGAAAGUAGUGGACGCUAGAAAGUCCAACAGUUACAGCAUGAAUGAUCUAAGGAGAGAUUUCAUGCACUUGGUCCAUCGAGUGUUGGCGAAAUCUCCCAAGCAACCACGUUUGCUGCAGAAGGCUCGAAAGCAUUUGGAUGAGGUUCAGGCAUCUAUGCCCAAUCAAUACUGCUCAAGAGAUGAGUUUGGGCUGGCAUUCCACAAGGCAAUUCAAGGAACCGACACUGCACCGCCAGAACGAUUCGCUGACAGAUAUCUACGCAUCUUGAGUGCAUAUGGAUAUGUCAUCACAUUCCCAGAGCUGAAUGAUCUGGUGGUUCAUCAGCCUCGCUGGCUCCUGCAGGACGUGAUCGGGUUUAUGUACUCGUCCAACGUCUUCCCCCACCGCCCUGAUGGCAUUGCCAGGGAAUACAAGAUGAGUGAAGAGGAGUUCGUCCGUUCACUGACUUCAUUCGCCAAAGUAGGAGAAAAAGCUCCGCUCUGCGUGCGUAUGGUUCUACAGCUCGGCUUGUCCAUCCGCUAUCAGAAGGAUAUCCUUGCUCUCUCCCUGUUUCCCGAGUGCACACAGCCAUUGAAGGUGCACACAGCCUUCAUGACCUCACAAGUGAUGGUAGGGUCUGUGUACACCUGCAAUGGCUGUGUGCCAUUCUCAUCUGGUCUCAUUGUUCAAUGCCAAGCACGUGUAUACGACUACUCCGCCUGCUUUUUCGCCAGUACUGAUCCCAUGUUCUUCAAGAACACCAUCAUUGUCCACCCGUAUCCGCACACAACAGCGCUGAUUGUGUUUUCGUCCGACCGUCAGCGCUGUUGUAUUGCAGUGACGUCCAGUUGCGGUACGUACCUGCAAGUGGUUCACCACGUCCACUGGUUAUUUCAAGAUCUCUUCCAUGACCUACUGAAGAGAUACAGUCGUGGUACUUCGGUAGAGCCCACAGUACUCAGCCUGUGCAGCAUGCGUCAGCUUAUCCAGCAAUCGGCUUCACCAGCUGCCAUCUGUCCAGUGGUUGCUUCCUACCCGUCCGAAGCCGUCAUUCUUGCCGCAAGCAGUGUGCAAAGCAAAGAUGUCAAGGACGCCAGCGGUGUGUUCGUUGACUCGGUGCAGCAUCUUCAUCACGUUCCUGCCACGCACGUCAGUAUGCUUCCUGCCACAUGUACUGAUCGCCUGGAGAGCCUGCGAGAUUCCGCAUUCCUUAGCGAUCUCCAAUCAAGCCUAGAUGUGAGUGAGAGGGAAAUCAGCCGGCUUGGUGGCCCCCAAUCAGUGUCACCCGCUGGACCCAGUCGGCUGAAUGCCUCGCUGGUGUUGUUGGCAUGGUGCCGACAAUCUCAUCGUCACACAUCUACUGUGCUAUACAGCAGGUUAGCUCAGCACUGCUUUUCUCCACCAUUCUCCAUUUUCUACCGAGAGAUCUGCAGGAUGCUGGUGGAGAAUGAGAACAUGCUGAUGGAAGCAUUCCCGGACAUCAUCACCUAUGAACAGCGGCAGUUGAAGGAGCAAGAACGUCUUCGUUGCCAGGCCGACAAUGUUCCAUUGGCGGAUGAAAGGUUCUCGACUGCACCCAAAACGUCAUUUCUGGGCCAGAAUCCCUGUAUGGGAAUGCUACGAUCUCACCUCCAUGCAAUGCACGUUACGGAUAAGCUGAUCGUGGACUCUGAUCACUACACUCUGGUCCAGGAGGCAGAGGUAGCAGCAGAAUUGCUCACAUCAACAGUAGCACCAGCAGCACCAGCACCCACACCAGCAGCAGCACCAGCAGUAGCACCAGCAGCAGCACCAGCAGCAGCAGCACUAGCACCAGCAGCAGCACCAGCAGCAGCAGCACCAGCAGCACCAGCAGCACCACCAGCAUCAGCACCAGCAGUAGCACCAGCAGCAGCACUAGCACCAGCAGCACCAGCACCACCAGCAGCAGCAGUGGCACGACCAGCAGUAGCACCAGCACCACCAGCAGCAGCACCAGCAGCAGCACCACCAUCACCACCAGCAGCAGCACCAGCAGCAGCACCAGCAGCAGCACCAGCAGCAGCACCAGCAGCAGCACCAGCAGCAGCACCAGCACCAGCAGCAGCAGCAUCAGCACCACCACCAGCAGCAGCAGCAUCACUGACUGUAGCAGAGAGUGAAGCUGAUCCAUUUGAGGACGACUCAUUCACCGCACAUAUCUUACCAAAGCUGUAUAAGAUAUCUUGUGAUGCACUGCGGCAAAGCGUUCAGGCACAAGGACUGCUGAGUGGUUUUGAUCCCCUUCCGGAACUAAACCGUAUUGAACAAUUUGAAGGUGCAGAGAAGCAUCACUUGAAGUUGAUUGGAUACAUCCGUGCUGGAGAGCGAGAUGCAUACAGAAAGCUGUGUGCAGCAGUGGGAAACCUCAACUUGCAAGAUCUGCACAACACCAUGCUACGGCUACUGUAGUAGGAACUCUAGUCAUGAUGUGAUUGUGCAAGACUGCUCUCUCCCAGCACUCCAUGUACAUCACAACAGCAUACUCACACAGCCGACAUAACUCGUUGCCCGUAUCCCGGUAUGCUUGUUUGUGUCGUUCUUCCCCUGCCACUGCUCUGCCCUAUCCAACGUGUUCUUUUUCCUCAUCUACACAUGUAUCAUAAUCUUGAGUUGCUUGCUCACCAGUUGUGGAUAUGCUCCAUGUGUAUUCUUUUGAAGGUGACCGUCCUUGAGAAUAUUUUCUCAAACAGCAGCUCCACCACCUCUGCGCCCACCCCCCUCCCCAUCUUCCCUCCUCUCUCCCAAUUCCACACGUGCAUACGCGAGCAUGUGCGCACAUACAUAAUUUGUUCUAUUGUUUGCUGUGCUUGCCAAGACUGUUGGUAUGUUUCCAUCGACUGUGUUUUUUUUAUUACUGCAUGUACAUAUGUUCAUGUAUACAUAAAUGUUCCUACUUUUUAAAAUUCUAUUAAGGUUUGCUCUAGAGCAUCUUUCUUUUGUUCUUAUUUCUUUCCAGCUACAUCUCUACAUAAAUGUCCCUAGUCUUUAAAAUUCAUUUUGGCUUGCUCUAAGGCACCUCUCUAUUUGCUGUGACAAUUGCACAGUAUUCUUUUCAUUUUUCACUUGACUUUGUUCACAUUUUUGCAUUUGCGCACAUACAAAAUUUGUUCUAUUGUUUGCUGUGCUUGCCAAGACUGAUCGUAUGUUUCCAUCGACUAUGUUUUUUGAAUAUUUUCUCAAACAGCAACUCCCCCACCUCUGCCCCCACCCUCCUCUCUUCCAAUCCCACACGCGAGCACGUGCGCGCAUACAUAUCUUGUUAUAUUGUUUGCUGUGCUUGCCAAGACUGCUGGUAUGUUUGCUAAUACAUAUACAUGCCUGUACAUGUAUACAUAACAUGUUCCUACUCUUGAAAAUUCAAUUUGGCUUACUCUAGAGCAUCUUUCUUUUGUUCUUAUUUUUUGCUGCUACAUCUGACAGUCAUCUGUACAUAAAUGUCCCUAGUCUUUAAAAAUCAUUAUGGCUUGCCCUAAUGCACCUCUCUAUUUGCUGUGACAAUUGCACAGUAUUCUUUUCAUUUUUCACUUGACUUUGUUCACAUUUUUGCUUCCGCUGAGACUUCUGUUGACCCUGUAUUGAACUUGGCAGCUGAACUUCAUCUCCUUUCCUUGUUUUUUUUAAAUGCCUGAACAGAUCAUGACUUUUGUCACUUCUCCA